UUUUGUUGACAAAUGCGAUAUCCUUUCAAGAAUUACAAAAUUUAACAGCUUUUUGGACUGACUGAAAUUUAAGUAAUCUUGAACCAUUUUUACCAAAUUUUGAAUUGAGCAAUUUGAUAGAAUGUGGGGUGCGAGUGACAUUGAUACUAAAGAGAAGCCACAUCGCCAAACCUUUCCUAUGCAUAGGGAACUAUCUGGUGAUGCUGGAAGUUUGAGGAUUAUUCCUGCAAGUCGGCCGAUCUUUACAGAGGAACGCUUAACAGAAAUUAUUAAAUUAACCCAACCUAAAAAGUACUUUUUUAGUGCGUUGAAAGAGUUAGCUAUUUUGACAUUAAAGGUGUUUAUCGUAGAGCCAAUCACAAAGAUAUUUAAGAGCAUAUAUCGGCCAAUAGAAUUUAUUUGGAUGGUAAUGGAAAGAGUGGAGCAACGCGUAGAGACCAUCGAACGCCUUGAGCGCGAAGCUGAAGAAUAUUACAACCAAAUACACUUACUCACACAACAAUAAAAAGAAACCUUUCCAUUAUGCAUAUAUACCUUAGUUAUAUAUGCAUAAACUCAAGAUAAUACUAAAUGCCGACUUUCACACAAAAACAUGGGACUUUUUUAAACUCUUCUAUAUUCUAUAUUAAAAAAUAACAAAGUCUAUGCACCAACAAAUCGUUUCAGAAAUAGAACACCACAAAGGCUCCUUUAGUUGAAAAUCAAUAUGAAUUAAUGGAUAUUAUUGUAGAAAAAAAAAUGUGGAUAUGUGGAUAUGUGGGGCUUCUAAAGUAUAAAUAAUUGGAGAUUAGAUACUAUACAUUUAAAUAAAUUAUUUGUUUUGUGAAGAUGAUGCACUUCAACUUUGACAUACAUUUCUUGAUGGACUAAAUUAGAAAUAUUAAAGUUUUUAUUGGCUCUAAUCAAAUAUAUUUCGGACUUGGAUUGAUAUUCUUUAAAUGUGACAAACUAAAAAUAGAAAACUAUUUACUUCUUGUGGAAGAAUAUAUUUUGGAUUUUUAAGACAAUGAUA